UUUCAACUUCUGGCGGCUGCAGACUUCAGGCAGUGCGUCGCUUCUAGACAACACAGAUGCGGACAGCUGCGUGAUAAAAACAUGUCCAUCGUGACAGUCCAGCUCGGGCAGUGCGGUAACCAGGUGGGUCAUGAGCUGUUUGACGUCAUCAGCAGCGAUGCUCUGCAGGGACAGAGGAAGGUUUACAGCACAGCAGCCUGGGAGAGGUUCUUCCACCAAACCACACGUGGAGAGCUCGUAGCCAGGGCGGUGCUGAUCGACAUGGAGCCCAAAGUGAUCAACCAGAGUAUGAGCAGGGCUGCAAAGUCCGGCAUGUGGAGGUAUGGAGAGACUUCACACUUCAGCCAGAAGCAGGGCUCUGGGAACAACUGGGCCAAUGGGUACUGCGUCCACGGGCCUCGUCACAGAGAGGUGGUGGAGGAGCUUGUGAGGCGAGAGGUGGAGCGCUGUGACCGGUUAGCCGGACUCAUGGCCAUGAUGAGUGUGGCGGGGGGGACGGGGUCCGGCGUCGGUACUUAUGUUACCCAGUGUCUCCGAGACAUCUACCCCAAAACCUUCAUCAUCAACCACCUCACCUGGCCGUACGGGACCGGGGAGGUGAUCGUCCAGAACUACAACUCUGUGCUGACGCUGGCUCACCUCUACCAGCUGUCGGACGCCAUCCUGGUGCACGAGAACGACACGGUGCACAGGAUCUGCAGCCAGCUGCUCAACAUCAAACACAUCUCCUUCGGUGACGUCAACGGGGUGAUCGCUCACCAGCUGGGCAGCGUGCUGCAGCCGGCGCUCACUGCCGACUCCCAGGGAGUCUACAGCAGGAAUCCUCUGGGUGAGUUGGUGAGCGCCCUCGCGUGCCACCCAGAGUACAAGCUGCUCAGUGUGUGCACCAUCCCUCAGAUGCCCAGCUCCUCCAUGGCCUACAGCACGUUCAGCUGGCCAAGCCUGCUCAAACACCUGCGACAGAUGCUCGUCUCCAACACCAAGAUGGAGGAAGGUAUAGACUGGCAGGUGCGUCCGUCCGCGGGUUCGGAGCAGACCAGGAGUCUCCCGGGAUCCGGCUUCAACCGCUCUCUGGCCAACCUGCUCAUACUGAGAGGGAAAGACGUUUACAGCGCCGAGACAGGUAGCUUUGAGGACCCGGCCCUGUACACCUCCUGGCUCUCAUCAGAAGAAGCUUUCAACUUGUGGAAAUCCCCAGUGCCUUUUAAUAAGUAUGAGAAAUGUGCCACGCUGGUCAGUAACAGCCAGGCUCUGCUCCGACCUCUGGAUAACAUGGUGGGAAAAGCCUGGAACAUGUUUGCGUCCAGGGCCUACAUCCAUCAGUACAUUAAAUUUGGGAUCUCAGAGGAGGACUUUCUAGACAGCUUUACAUCUAUUGAGCAAGUCAUCUCCAGCUACAACCAACUGCAAUAGAAAUGGAGAAAACUAACGAGCACCACCUGGCCCUCUGGACUGUAUUUACCAAAAAGAA